UUUUCACUGUCGGUGAUGCGUAAUGGUUUGGUUUCCUCGCUUCUUCCUCCUCCCCAAAACUACUUCCUCCAACUGCUCCCUCGUUGCAUUGCCAUUGGCAAUCCCACAACGUCGCCGUUUUCACAUUUUCUUUCUUUUAUUAUCAUUUUUUUCGCUCCAUCUUCCACGAGACCAUACUGUGUAUCCUAUUUCCAUCCCAUGUGUCAGUGUCGUGUCGUUUUAGCAAGGUAUAAUGGUCUCCCUUUCUCUACAAAAUUAGGCACUGCAUUUUCUAUUGGGUUAGACACGCAGUUGAGGGUGGAUUUGCUACGCUGCUAGUGGGAAUGCGAGUUGCUUGAUAAUUGAACAAUGCACGCCAAGACGGACUCGGAGGUGACAAGCCUGUCGGCAUCGUCUCCGACGAGAUCCCCACGGCGGCCUGUUUACUACGUGCAGAGCCCGUCCAGGGACUCCCACGAUGGCGAGAAGACCACCAACUCCUUUCAUUCCACCCCUGUGCUCAGUCCCAUGGGUUCUCCCCCUCAUUCCCACUCCUCGCUCGAUCGCCACUCUCGUCAGUCUUCCUCCAGCAGGUUCUCCGGAUCCCGCAAGAUCCACCGCAAAUCUCUCAAGCCCUGGAAGGAACCCCUCGCCAUCGAGGAAGAAGGCCUUCUCGACAUUGAAGACAACCACACCAACACUCUUCCCCGUCGCUGUUACUAUUUCGCUUUCCUUCUUGGCUUCAUCCUUCUCUUCUCUUUCUUCUCUCUCGUUCUCUGGGGUGCCAGCAAGCCUAUGAAGCCCAAAAUCACCAUGAAGAGCAUCAAAUUUGAUCACGUCAGGGUUCAGGCGGGUUCCGAUUCCACGGGAGUUGCUACCGAUAUGAUCACCAUGAAUUCUACCGUCAAAUUCAAGUAUCGUAACACUGGCACAUUUUUUGGGGUCCACGUCACAUCAACGCCUCUAGAUUUAUCCUAUUCGGAAAUCAAAAUUGCUUCCGGAAUUAUGCACAAAUUUUAUCAGUCGAGAAAAAGUCAAAGGACGAUUAGCGUGGCUGUGAUGGGGAACAAGAUUCCUCUGUAUGGAAGUGGUGCGAGCCUGAGCAGCACCACGGGCGUGCCCGCGGUGCCAGUACAGUUGAAAUUGAACUUCGUGGUCCGAUCGAGGGCCUACGUGCUUGGGAAAUUGGUGAAGCCCAAGUUCUACAGGAGGAUCGCGUGCUCCAUAACUUUGGAUCCCAAGAAGAUCAAUGACCCAAUGUCCCUGAAAAAAUCUUGCACGUACGAUUGAUGCGGAACCAGGAAGUGACACGGGAAAAUCACAAAAUCUCUUUCUCCUUAUCGUUUGUCGAUUCUUUAGAAGAGCAAGGAAUCGGAAGAAUUGGGGGAUCCAGCCUAAUAACGUUAGGCCAGAAUGCGAACAAGUAGUUUCUGGACUUCGUUUCCUUUUUUUUUUUUUUUUUUUUUUUUUUUUUUUGUUUUGUUUUAGCCCAAUAGCGGAAAAGAUGAAGGUCUACUGUGAGUGAUAAAAAUGAUGAGUCAGACUCCAUUACAUUGUGCAAGAAAGAAAUAAUUUAUUCAAUCUCAGCGUCAUGGGGACGCUUUAUUGUGGCUUUUGUCAA